AUGGAGGAGGAACGCCUGUGGAAGUUCCGCAAGCCCGAGUGGCUCAACAGCGUCUGGGCUCGCAAUACCGGCGUCUACGCCGCGGGUGCUCUGUUCUCUCUCGCAUUCUACGUCAUGCUCGAUUCGGCAGUAUGGUCAAAAUCCGCCCGCAACGGCUCCAACGUCCACGUCAAGUUUGUUGACUGGCUACCCCUUGUCUUCUCCAGUCUCGGCAUGUUGAUCAUCAACUCUGUUGAGAAGACACGCCUCAGCGCCGACUCCUUCAGCUACAGCGGAUCUGGGGUUGCGUGGAAAGCUCGGGUGGUGCUGUUCCUGGGCUUUGCUGCUCUUGCGGGCGGCAUGGCUGGCGGUGUGACCGUAUUCGUGCUCAAGUUUGUGGUGCCUGGCGUCUCUAUGCCUGCGCUGGGAAUGGGCAUCGAGAACUUGGUUAGCAAUGCACUUGUUGGAUUCAGCUCGGUGGUUCUCUGGGUUAGUCAGAACAUGGAAGACGAAUAUUCCUACAAUCUCUCGAUAUAA